UCGUGACCCAAAGAUUUUCCCGCGCUUUUCCGACAUCAAGCUUUUGCUUUUGGGGGUUUUUUCCCUUUUUUCCCAUUCCGAACUUGUCAUUCUGGGUCUGUCUUCUCUCUCUGUCUCCGAACCAGAUUAUAGGUGGACGAAAGAUAAAUGAUCCAUGCUUCUUUCACUGCUUCUAGGGCUUUGAAAUUUGGAGCAAUAACAGCAGGAAGGUCAUUGCAUUUUCCGUUGAACUGUACCCAAAAGGGUUCCAUUAGGUACAUUCGAAUGGCAAUGAACGACAAAUCUAACUCAAGCGGCGACAGAAGCGACUCCAGAGGUGCAUUAGUUGUUCUAGAAGGCUUGGAUCGUUGUGGCAAAACUACGCAGUCUAACAAAUUACACAAGUACUUGGAAGGACUGGGGCAUUCGGCUGAAUUAUGGCGAUUCCCUGACAGAACAACAAGCGUUGGACAAAUGAUAUCUUCUUAUCUUUCCAACCAAUCGCAACUUGAUGAUCGUGCUAUCCAUCUUCUUUUCAGUGCCAACCGUUGGGAGAAGAGAACAUUGAUGGAAAGUAAGCUGAAAUCUGGAACCACUAUCAUUGUUGACCGUUAUUCAUAUUCUGGGGUGGCUUUCUCUUCAGCCAAAGGACUAGACAUGGAUUGGUGUAAGGCUCCAGAAAUUGGGUUAUUGGCUCCAGAUCUGGUAUUGUACCUAGAAAUACCACCAGAGAAAGCUGCAGAAAGAGGUGGUUAUGGAGGAGAAAGAUACGAGCAUCUAGAGUUUCAAAAGAAAGUUAGCAAAAGCUAUCAGGCUCUUCAUGAUGCUUCUUGGAAGAUAAUAGAUGCUUGUCAACCACUAGAAGAUAUUCAGAAGCACUUGCAGGAGAUAGUUUUUGACUCUGUGGCAACAUGUCAAAGAGGGAAACCUCUAACCUGUCUCUGGAGGAGUUAAAUUUCGUCUCUUUUGAAAGAUAUUCGAAGCACUAAUCUAGCUACGAGUUUAAGAUCGGCAUGAAGUUUUCGCAGUCUGCAUUUAUAAGAUACCUGCGAUGGCCUCUGACAAAACUUGGGAUAUGUUUUGAGGGGAAGCAUGAAUGGGAGGAAUGUGAAUCUUAUUCCUAUAUAUGCGUAUUUUCCAUAUCCGGUAUUUAGGGUUUAGUAGAAAAUCUUCAUGGUUUUGUUUGUUUUUAUUUACUUUCUUGAAAGAAAGAUGGUUUUUAGAGUUUAAUACAUUAGAAUAUUACCAG